AAUAGGCCUUGUCUCUCCCCUACCGGAGCUCUUGUCCCCGCAGCCUUGGGCCUUUCCCAAGGUUUGGUCUCAAGAUGCAGGCCCUCGGCUGCUGCCUGCUCCUUUUCCUCCUCUGCACCACAUUCACAUUGCCAACUUCGACAGCCCUUUCCAACGCCGAUGCUCAUUCCAUUGCCCGCCGGCAGCUCCUUCACUUUGGAGAGCAUGACGGCGACAUCCCCGAUGACUACGAGAUCACCGUCAAUAUCACCGUCACCAUAACCAACACCCGCCUCCGCCGGGCCUACGUCGCCUUCAAGGCAUGGAAAAGUGCCAUAUACUCCGACCCCUACAACAUAACAAGCUCAUGGAAUGGACCUGAUGUUUGUGCUUACAAUGGAGUCUUCUGUGCCCCGGCAUUGGAUGACCCACUUGUCAGCACGGUGGCCGGUGUUGACAUCAACAGCGGCGAUAUUGCCGGCUACCUUCCCCCGGAGCUUGGCCUGCUCUCGGAUGUUGCCGUCUUCCAUAUCAAUUCUAACCGCUUUUGUGGCAUCAUCCCCAAGUCUUUCGGCCGGUUGACGCUCCUACAUGAAAUCGACAUCAGCAACAACCGGUUCGUCGGAAAAUUCCCCAGGGUGUUAUUGACCAUUCCGAAUCUCAAGUAUCUGGAUAUCCGAUUCAAUGAUUUCGAGGGUCCCAUUCCGCCGGAGCUUUUCGAGAAGGAUUUGGAUGCGAUCUUCCUUAACGACAAUCGAUUCCGUUUCAACAUCCCGGAAAAUCUCGGAGAUUCCCCGGCUUCGGUUGUGGUUAUUGCAAACAACCAAUUGGGUGGUUGCAUUCCCAGAAGCAUUGGGAAGAUGGCAGGGCUGAACGAGAUCGUACUGCUGAACAGUGGCCUCUCCGGAUGCCUGCCUCAAGAGAUAAGCUUGCUGAAGAAUGUGACUGUGUUCCACGUGGGCUCCAACUCCCUGUCCGGCUUGCCGACCCCGAUUUCCGGCUUGGCCGCUGUCGAACAGCUCGACGUUUCUGGCAAUGCACUUACCGGCUUUAUUCCGGCGAACAUCUGCACGUUGCCGGCAUUGAAGAACUUUACAUUCUCCACCAACUACUUCAAUGGGGAGGCGAUAGAAUGUUUGAUAAGGAGAAAGGAUGUGGAGGUGAAUGACGGAGACAACUGCAUCCCCAAUCGGCCCAAGCAGAAGGGCAAGGAUGUAUGUGCAGCGGUGGUGAACAAGCCUGUGGAUUGCGGCAAGUCCAAGUGCGGCUCGUCCGCCACUCCAACCCCUGUACCUGUGACCCCCACACCAAAGGCGAGUCCAGUACCCAGGCCACCGUUUGUCGGUGUAACUCCUCCGCCGCCACCCCAUAGCGAAGCCUCACCGGUGGUGAUGAUUCAUCCACCACCACCACCAUCACCGCAGAAGAGAGCACAUCCACCACCUCCACCACCAAAACCAGUAGUCAUCAAGUCACGACCAUCGCCGCCAGAUCAGUCACCACCACAGCCACCAUCAUCAUCGCCAGUCUACUUGCCACCACCACCGCCACAUGAAGAAGCAUCGCCAGUUGUGAGGGCUCAUCCUCCGCCGCCACCACCGACCUAUUCACCACCACCCCCCGUAAUCUCUUCGCCCCCACCGACCUAUUCACCACCACCCCCCGUAAGCUCUUCGCGACCACCGACCUAUUCACCACCACCCCCCGUAAGCUCUUCGCCACCACCAACCUAUUCACCACCACCCCCCGUAAGCUCUUCGCCACCACCUGUCUACUCAUCACCACCACCACCAGUUCACUCUCCUCCUCCUCCAACAUCACCACGGCCACCAGUUCACUCUCAACCUCCAUCAUCGCCACAACCACCAGCUCACUCUCAACCUCCAACAUCGCCACCACCACUUGCUCACUCUCCAGCGCCAACAGUCCAAUCCCCUGCACCAGCACCACAAGUGCCGCCAGUUCACUCCCCUUCGCCAACUCCGUCAGUGACGCCAACAGUCCAAUCCCCUGCACCAGAACCACAAGUGUCGCCAGAUCACUCCCAUUCGUCACCACCGUCAGUAACGCCAGCCCAGUCUCCACGAUCACCGGUUCCUGUAAAUUCUCCCCCACCACCAGUUCACUCUCCUCCACCACCACCAGUCCUUUCACCACCACCACCGCCAGUCCACUCACCACCACCACCGCCAGUCCACUCACCACCACCACCAUCCCCACCUCCACCUGUCAACUCUCCCCCACCACCAUCUCCACCGCCACCAGUCCAUUCCCCACCACCACCAUCCCCACCCCCGCCCGUUCACUCUCCACCACCACCACCACCAGUUCGUUCUCCACCACCUCCAUCUCCGCCACCGGUCUACUCUCCACCGCCACCGGUCUACUCUCCACCACCACCAUCCCCACCGCCGCCAGUCCACUCUCCACCACCCCCAUCUCCACCACCUCCAGUCCGCUCUCCACCACCACCACCUGCCCAGUCACCUCCACCACCGCCACCUCCUGCCUAUUCUCCGCCUCCACCACCAGAAGUGGUACUCCCACCAACCCUGGGUUUCAGCUAUGCAUCACCACCUCCUCCCCAAUUUCCAGGCUACUGACACCCUUGAGUCCUCCCACACGGAAUGCGUGCACCAAUCCACUAAGACACUGAACAAAACUUGUGGGUCAGCGAUGUUGCCUCUGCAAGGAUCGCUUAAGUCACAGAUUUGGGAUAAUGGAACGUGACAAGAUAAGUCUAAAUUGGAAGGGAGGCACAAGAAACUUUUAUGUAUUUGUUUGAUAAAUUUUAGCUGUAUUAUUUUUGUUUUUGCAAACAGGAGACUCUCACUCUCAUUCUCUCUCUCUCUCUCUCUCUCUCUCUCUUUCUCUCUCUCUCUUUUGAAUCGUGUCAUUCCUUUUUAGAUGCAAUUAUUG